GUUUGCAUCUCCCAAAGAACGACAUCAGCAGCAGCUUUUCGUAUGCGUUUAUGUUUGGCGCUGGAUCUAAAUAAGUUUGCUUUGUGAGUCUUGGCUAAUAGUUACCUUGUCGCAAGCAUGAAACAAUGCUAAGACUAGAAGAAUUGUUCCACCCUCUUGCGCUGACACGCUUUCGUUUUCCUAAGAAGCAUUUCAGCCCUGGCCACGUCCUAGAGGUCUUCGUCAUAAUUAGAGUAGGCGGACGAGAAAGUAGUUUGUUUGAUUCCGAGUAAACAAAUUACUAUUUCUCUGUAGAGCCGGUAUUUUUUGUGGUCAUCAAGUAGAAUUGUCUUCGCGCUGUUCAGAUCAUUAGUAGUAGUACGAAAAAAUGAGAAAGACACAGCCGCAGCCAGACGGCCACCAUGGCCAGCAUGGAGGCUCUUCGUCGAGCUCUUUCAAACCGGGUUUUCGAGGCGGCGGUAAAAAGAAGUCGGGCCCCAAGCACAAAGGCGGGGAUCGUCAUCGCGCACGCAGACGAGACCAGGCAGGAGGAGGAGGAGGGGCAUCCUCAAGUGCGGCAGCCGGUGGCGCGAACGAUCAUUCUGCGGCGAAUAUUUUCGCGGGAACAUCGGCAGCGACAAGCUCGAGUUCUGGAACGAACAAGAAGUUAAGGAAAAAGCGAUAAAUUCAAAUUCAUUUCCACGGCAAAUUAUUGUGACUCUCUCAAGAACGAAAAGCAAAGAACUUCAAUUUGAUCGUCCAUUGCUCUCUUUAUAAAGAACUGUUAUAUAAUCACAAUAACAAACUUCUGAGAUAGAGACUGACAGUACUUAACUUGUUCUCGAAAAAAAUCGCUUCUAAGAAACGCGGAGAAAGCACCGAAGCUAGAAAGCGUCAUAUUCUUCCAGCUAGUUGUCGAGAACCACCGCGACCGAAUAGAGUUUGACGGGACGCAAAUGCUAGCCGAAAAUCUGCGGAAUCUCAUCGCUGAAAAAAAGAAACUCGAUCCGCUUGAUAUCGAAUUACUGCACAGAGAAACCCGGACACCGUAAGAACCACUAUUCUCUAUUCUAAAAUUCAUGACACACAUUUACAUACGGGGAGUAAGUAAAGAAAAAGUUUAUCAGCACGUCAUGCAAUGGAUACUCUGAUUAAUUUGAGGUGCGCACCUCUCUUCCAGUAUGGCUAUAUUCCAUACAAGAAAGCGACCCGAAGCGCUUUGUUUACUCGCCGUCUCUUGACGCUGAAAGCAGGGUUCAGCAGAGACGCAGCAACCACUUUGUCGGCCGAUAUUCGACUUCAAUAAGUCGCCUGCAGGAAAUAUAGAACCGUAGCUCGUGGAAUCAAUUACCAUGAUCUCUGAAUCAGCUGGUUCGCGCAAUAUUCUAUAUCAGCUACAUCAUAUUGAUUGCUUGAUGUUUUUAGUUUUGUACUAUCUUGUACGUUGCUUAGCUCCAUAAAGUUCUGAUGACCAUUUUAUUUUCAAUCGGAAAAAUUCAUACCUCUUGUACUGCCAGGAGACUUCUGUCAUGAUUGUAGGUAGCGACUUCAUCACCGCUAGAAAUUCACUCUUUAUAAAAUUCGUUACUGCUUGUUUAUUUUGGUUCAUUCAUGAUUUUUGAGGUGUUGACACGCUUAGAUAUUUUAGACUAGUUAGUUACGUCGCCGACUCUGUGGAGGACAAGACAUUUCUGGUUUGUUUGUCAUCACGAAGUUGAAAGUAAGUCACUAAUUAAGUUGAGAAAAACAUUUCGUGCUGGGCACUGUGCAGACAUGACUUGAUUUGAAGGCUUCUCUCGUUUCUGCCGUUUUCGAGAGUUGUUCUUUCAGAUGGAGUCUGUGGCCGCUCAUUGGGGUUUGUGCGCAAAGAACCGAUCGCAAGAUCUGACUCUGCUGAUGUGAUUGUGGAGCCGUGAGAGAAGAUGAAGAAAGGCAGUGGUCGUACUCUCUACUUCUACGCGGGUCGCUUGUUAAUAAUCAUGACCAAAGAAGAGAUGAUGAAGCCGUCCGUGGGGUAGGGGAGGUCCCCUGAACAAGGGCAUCUUCAAGAGUUUUGUGUAAAGAUUUAGAAUUGAAGAUUUUGAUGAAGAUGGGC